ACUCCCCUCCGCGACGUCCGCUCCCCGUUAGAUCCUUGGAUUCUUGACAUGGCGUAAGAGAGGAAGGGUCUAGUUUGGUGACGGCGUAAGCAAUAACGGCAUACUUGGUGUUGGCAGGAAAGUUUGACUCGUAGUUUGUGGAGCAACAAUUCCAGCUUGAAUUCUCUCUAAUCGAGUUUGGGUAUGAACACAUGGGGCACCCUCUAUGGGAGUACUUUAUCAUUUAAACUGUCAUGUGAAGGACUCAUACAGCAAAGAAAUCUUGAAAAAAUUGUUAAAUUCAAGAUGAUGUCUGAUGCAAGUGAUAUGUUGGCAGCUGCUUUGGAGCAGAUGGAUGGCAUCAUUGCAGGCUCCAAGGCACUAGAAUACUCCAAUGGUAUCUUUGAUUGUCAGUCACCUACUUCUCCCUUCAUGGGCAGUCUACGAGUGCUUCACCUUGUAGAAGAUCUGCGUGGCUUGCUGGAGCUGAUGGACAAUGAAGAAAAAGAAAGCUUGCGCUGUCAGAUCCCUGAUUCCACUUCUGAAAGUUUGGUUGAAUGGCUGCAAGGACACAUGACUAAUGGACACAUUUCUCUUGGCAAUGAUGUGUAUCAAGAAAGGUUAAAUCGGCUGGAGAGUGAUAAAGAAUCGCUUGUUUUACAAGUUAGUGUUUUAACUGAUCAAGUGGAAGCACAAGGAGAGAAGAUUAGGGAUCUGGAUUUUUGCCUGGAGGAACAUAAGGAGAAGCUGAAUGCAACAGAAGAAAUGUUACAACAGGAGCUUUUGAGCAGAACUGCCUUGGAGACACAAAAGUUGGAUCUUAUGGCUGAAGUUUCUAAUUUAAAACUAAAACUAACUGCUAUGGAGAAAGACAGACUAGACCUGGAUGAGAGGUUCAAAGACAAUGAGUCACUGCAUAACUUAAUUUCUGACCUCCGAGACCAGAUGGAGACAUUGGAGGUGGAACUAGCCCUUUUCCAAGAAAAGAGGUUACAUUAUGGUGAUCAAGAGUGCCUGAUCCAGGAGAUAAAUGAGCUGACUUACAGAAUAACAGAAAUGGAAAACGAAAGACUCCAAUAUGAAAAGAAAUUAAAGUCAACAAAGUCACUUAUGGCCAAAGUCUCUAGUCUGAAAAUCAAGGUGGGUCAGAUGCAGUACGAAAAGCAGAGGAUGGAACACAAAAACCAAGCAUUGAAGGCUGAGUUGGAAAUGUUGAAGGAGCAACUGGAACAGAAAGAAGUGGAAGUGAAAAGAUUGCAAGAGGAAUCUGGCUUAAAGAACAAUGGAUCUGAUGGUGGAGAAAAAAAUGAAAAGGAUGAAAAUGUAAAAAAGAAGCUGAAAGAGAAAUACUUUGAGGUACAGAAGAUGAAAAGGGCAGUUGAGUCAUUAAUGGCAGCAAAUGAAGAAAAGGACCGAAAAAUUGAAGAUCUUAGGCAAUCACUGAACAGGUAUAAGAAGGUGCAAGAUAUGGUAAUGUCUGCUCAAGUAAAAAAAGAGAAACUUAAAAGUGAUAGUGAAGAAAGUCAAAGUGAUAGUUCUACAUCAGUUUCUACAGCCAUUUCAGUUGCCGUAGAGUCAGAGAAAUCUCCCUCACCAGUAAGAACAAAUGAAGAAAUGUACUUAACAACUGAAGAGGUGCCUCUUCAGAUUCACAGAAGUGUCCUGCAGGUUUCGAUCCCAGCUUUAUCAUCCACACCCAAGGCUUCCAUUGAAGAUGAAUUGAAUCAGUCUACAAAUAAAAAGCAGGAGUUUAGUGAAAUAACAUCCCCAGAUAUCAUUUCCAUAAUUCAAGAAACUCGUUUGUGUGAUAGUCCUGUCUCUCAAAAUAUCCUGAAAUCAAGCAGUCUGGAUAAUCUGAAGAGCAAUGAUAAUGAAAAGACAUCUACACAAGGCCGUCAGAAGCCGUUGGAGAUGGCUGAAAACUUACUUGUCUUCAUUAAGAAUAAAGCUUAUGAAGAAAUCACAAAACUGGGUGGACUUCCUCCAAAGUCUCCAAAUCAGACUGGAUCUGUAGAAGAUGACAGCUUUGGGAGCCGAAAAGCCCGGGCUUCUUUUGGGCGUGGAUUCUUCAAGAUCAAAGGGAACAAGCGGACAGCAAGUGCCCCUAAUCUAGAUCGCAGUCGAAGUGCCAGUGCACCUACAUUAGCAGAGACAGACAAAGAUGUCAGUGAUCGUCUAGAUCUGGCAGGACUUCCUCAAAGAUCUGCAGAGACUGAUAGCUCAAACUUUUCACCUUCAUCUCCGGAGUCAAAGAAGAAGACCAGUGGAAUCAUGAGGUUUUUUGGAAAACUUAAAAGGAGUCAGUCUACUACGUUUAACCCCGAUGAGAUGUCUGAAACUGAGUUUAAAAGAGGAGGUGUUAGAGCAACUGCUGGACCUAGACUGGGCUGGUCUCGUGAUCUACAGAAUGCUAACAAUGAACUGGAUAUGCCUUUUGCAAGAUGGUCUAAAGAUCAAGUGUGUAACUGGCUGCAGGAGCAGGGCUUGGGAAUGCAUGUAAAUUUUUCUAAACAGUGGAUCGUUUCGGGACAGACUCUUCUACAAGCUUCACAACAAGAUCUUGAACGGGAGCUUGGACUUAAACAUCCUUUACAUCGGAAAAAAUUACAGCUGGCUUUACAAGCACUUGGCUCAGAGGAGGACGACAACAAAGGAAAGCUCGAUUACCACUGGGUGACUCGAUGGCUUGAUGACAUUGGACUUUCUCAGUACAAAACUCAGUUUGAUGAAGCAAGGAUAGAUGGGAGAAUGCUCCAUUAUAUGACUGUUGAUGAUUUGCUCUCCUUAAAAGUUGGAAGUGUACUUCAUCACUUGAGCAUUAAGAGAGCGAUUCAAGUUCUACGCCUUAAUAACUACGAGCCCAACUGCUUGCGAAGGCGUCCUUCAGAUGAGAACAAUAUCACUCCAGCAGAAAUCUCACAGUGGACAAAUCACCGUGUAAUGGAGUGGUUGCGGUCAGUGGAUUUGGCUGAAUAUGCCCCAAAUUUAAGAGGAAGUGGAGUACAUGGAGGAUUAAUGGUGCUGGAGCCUCGAUUCAAUGUUGAAACUUUGGCUCUGCUCUUAAACAUUCCACCUACCAAAACUCUGCUUAGACGUCACCUGGCCACUCAUUUCAAUUUGCUUAUUGGCUCUGAAGCCCAAAAACAGAAACAGGAGUGCAUGGAGUCUCCUGAUUACACUCUGCUCACAGCUACUGCAAAGGUUAAGCCCAGAAAGCUUGCAUUUGGAACAUUUGGGAGUCUCCGGAAAAAGAAGCAAGAUGAUGGUGAAGAGUAUGUUUGCCCAAUGGAUUUGGCCUCACCUGUACAAAGUAGUUUUCAUAAAGGAUAUAAGCGUGGCAUGGAGCUUCGUUUAUAUGAUGACGACCUAGACCGUCUGGAACAGAUGGAAGACUCUGAAGGUACAGUCAGACAAAUUGGAGCAUUUUCUGAAGGCAUUAAUAACUUGACAAGCAUGCUGAAAGAAGACGAGUUUUUCAAAGAGCUUUCUACGUGUUCUCCAAGUUCCAGUGUAAUGGAUGAAGACUCAAAUGUGUGACAAAGAAAUUCAGUGAAUUGCAAUUACUAAUAAAAAAACAAAAAUGGCUGUGAAUGAAAAUUAUUUAAAUGUAAAUUAGUCCUCACUAUUAUAGUGCCCCCUGUACAGACUGUAAAAACAGGCGUUGCAUGUUACAAAUACCGGAUUGUAUUUAAAAGUGGAGCAUCUAAUGUCUUUAUUCUCAUUUGUAAUAUGGUUAAGAUGUUUUUCCUGGUGGGGAAAUAUAUAUAUGCAAGAAGGAAUUUUGACCUGCUUAAAUACUUAUUUGCUGUAUUGACUUGCUACAACGAUAAAAUGGGAUAUUAUUUUUUAAUAACAUCAUAAACCAACAAGUAAAAUGGAUGAAUGCUUGGUAUACAACAAAAUCAAGAUUUUAAUACAGCAAGAUCUGUUUAUGUGCCAGCUGGUUUCUGGAUAUACAACUUUUUAUACUUUUUUUUUUUUUAUAUAUAUAUACGACUAUGAAGAAAACUACUUACUUAACCAGCUACUGACAGCUAAUUCACCUGCACUUAAGUGUAACUGGAGCAACAACGGAAUCAUUUUGAACAGAAAAGUACAUUUUAGAUGCUGUGUAUAUCAUAAUUGAGGCUGUCAUCCUUUUUUUUUCCUUCUGUUGUCAUAAUAAAGUAUUCAACUACAUGAUGUCUGUUUAGUUUGCAAAAUGAUCAUUUCAGGGGUCAAAUGCUGUGCAGAAUGGAAGUUGCGUGCCAAAUUUCAAGUAUGACUAUUUUUCAUGAAUAUUUGGACUAAUAAACAUUAACAUAUAGACUUAAAGGAAAAGUGAUACUUAGAAUUUACUAUAGAAUGCAGUCUUUCAAAGUAAAUCACUGCAUUAUAUGUGAGGAUAGAAUUGUCAGUAAGCCACAUCUUCUAUAAUGGUCUGCUUUGCAUAUUACAGAUUUUUAUAAGAAUUUUGUUGUAUUGAAAUAAAAUUUUUUAUUUUUGUCAACAAAGGCCCUUUCACCAGCAGAGCAUUAAACUUACUGCUGUAUUUGUGCAUGUAUUUAUUACUAAAAACAUCAACACUUUUUUCAAAUGCACCACCAUGCGGAUGUAAUUCAUGUAUGAGCAGAAAUAUUUGUAUUUUAUUUUUGCAUGUUAUUUAUACUUUCUUAUUACAGUGCCUGACUGUAGCUGUUCUGUAAAAACCUUAAGACACAGAACUCCUGUUGUAUAUUCACUGUGAUGUCUUAAUAAAGCAAAAUAUUUACAAAUUCUUAUUUAUAAAACUA